AGUUUUGGGAAGAAAACUAUAGAGAUGUGGGAGUCAUAAACAAUGGUUACCAAACGGAGACGGAAUUUGGCCGCUAAGACAGUAACGUGGUAGCCGAGCCAAAUCCCGAUGACGCAACCCAAGUCACCCCACCUAUUCCCUCUUUACUUCACGCGCUUGUCCACGUCCCGGCGACCCAACCCCUAUCUUUUAUAUCCCCUACUCUUGCGCCCCAUGCGUCCGGCGCGUCACCUUCGCCGCACCGACCCCGUUUUCUUGUUUUUUUCUUGGUCAGAGAUCCCCCUUUACUCUUUCAUCUUAUCUCUCACAUCAAUAUCGCACGAACCGAUAAUAACCUAAUACACCACCACCACCAAGAAGAAUAGGACCGCCACCACCACCAUCUCCAUUGAAGAGAAAUGGGUGAUCUCACAGAUACCUUAACGCCGUCCACCACCCCUCACUCCCGACCGUUACCUAUCCGCGAGGAUUGCUGGAGCGAGGAGGCUACCUCCACUCUUGUCGAAGUUUGGGGCAAAAGGUAUUUGGAACUCAACAGAGGUAAUCUCCGUCAGAAGGACUGGCAGGAAGUUGCCGAUGCUGUCAACGCCAAACAUGGCCAUACGAAGAAGACUCACCGUACGGAUGUGCAGUGUAAGAACCGGAUCGACACCAUUAAGAAGAAGUACAAGAUCGAGAAGGCUAGGGUUACGUCCUCUAACGGAACGCUAACAUCGUCGUGGCCUUUCUUCGAGAGCUUAGAUACCUUGAUCGGAUCUAAUUUUACCGCUAAGAAACAAGCUCCUCCGUCUCCUCCGGUGGCUUUGCCUCUGACUUCAUACAGGAGGACUCCCUCUUCCACUCCGCCUACGGCGGCAGUGGCGUUGCCCCAGAAGAGGCCGUUGGAUGAUGGCUAUUUCAGGAGGAAUUACUCCGCCAUGGCUGCGGCAGCUGCAGCCGCAGCUGAAUCGGAGAGUGAAGAAGAGUUGGAGGAGGAAGAGGAAGAGGGAGGAAGGGAGAGGGAGAGGGAGAGGGAGAAUGAGGAAGAUGAGGAGGGAGAGGGGAUAAGAAGAUUAGCUCAAGCUAUAGAGAGAUUUGGAGAGGCUUAUGAGAGAGUGGAGAGCGAGAAGUUGAGGCAGAUGUUGGAUUUGGAGAAGCAGAGGAUGAAAUUCGCCAAGGAUUUGGAAAUGGAGAGGAUGAGGAUUUUCACCGAGACACAGAUUCAGCUUGAGAAGAUCAAGAAAGGCAAGCGAUCUGGGUCCAAUGGUGAGAGAGAUUAUUAAGAUUGACUCUGAUUUACUUUGAUCCUUUACUUUUAUGUAAAUUUUUGUUGUAAGUUAGGGCCUGGAGAUUUCAUGAAUGAAUAUUAUUGUGGAUUUUAUGCCCAAUUGCUAAUACCAGAAGAAUCUUGGACCUCGUAUGAAUAGAACAAUGCAAUGGAACCUUGCCCUUAAAAUUUAGGCAUGACAAGUUAAGAUUAAUGAAAUUCAUAGAUGUUUGCACAA